AUGUCUGUCCACAGAGAAACGUCCAGCACAGACAGUGACGAGACAAGAGUCGAAGCGCUGGCCGCAUCAGACGUCGCAGAUCCCCCGGCCUCUUUGGACACUUUUGUGCCAUUUACCGAUAUACCGGCUUGUCAAGGCCAAAUCAUUACAUUUCGAGCGGCCAUUGUCGGAAUUCUUUGCGGCGUCCUCGUCAAUGCAUCCAACAUUUACAUUGGUCUCCGGGCCGGCUGGACCACCUCGGCCAAUGUCCUAGGCGCCAUUGUCAGCUUUGCUGUUUUAAAACGCACCUCUUCCUCUUUUGGUCCGCACGAGAAUAACAUUGCGCAAACCAUGGCGACGGCCUCUGGCGGCAUGUCCAACGUCUUCAUCUCGGGCAUCCCCGCGCUCUACCAGCUCAAUCUCCUCACGACGCCCGCCAAGGACUUUAUCCGUCUCGUCAUUCUCACCACCAUCGGAGGCUAUUUCGGUCUCCUCUCCAUCGUUCCCUUGCGCAAGUUCUUCAUCCACAAGGCGGCGCGAGACUUGAAUCUCGUUUUCCCCUCGUCCUUUGCGACGGCGGCAACAAUUCGCAGCAUGCACUCGGCGGCCGGCGGGGAGAAGCUGGCUCGCGAUAAGAUGAAAUGGACCGUAAUUGCUUUUGUAGCGGCCAUGGUGCUACGAGUCGCCUCUGUGUUUCUGCCAAAUGUUCUCUGGAACUGGCAUAUAUUUACCUGGGUUGCGCAUGCCCGACUGCCCGACCGCAUUACGAGAUUUGCCAUUGCGGCAGAGAGCUGGGGCUGGGUUCUAGAAUGGUCACCAGCAAUGAUUGGUUCUGGGUUUCUCGUUGAUUUUGGCGUUGCCUGUUCCUUCUUUGCCGGCGCCCUCUUUGCCUGGGGCCUGCUAGGACCGUACCUGGUAUCUGUUGACUUGGCUUUCGGCGAGUCCUCAAACAGCACAGACGCAGCGUUGCCGGGUCUCGCAUCUUACACGGCCAUGUCGAAUACGUAUUCUACCGCAGAGUAUCCAAGCCCUCGAUACUGGUUGUUGUGGCCUGGUGUCGCCUGCACUCUCGCCGUGGCGUUUUUAGAGCUUCUGUGUCAGUCGAACAAGAUCUGGAAACUCAUCUAUACUGCGAUAACGGGCCUACUACAGCCACUCCUACGCCGACGCGGUACUACUUCGUUUCAGUACGCGGCUGUCGACCAGGACCCCGAUCGGACAAAUGAGAAGCCAGUACCAAAUAACGAUAUCGAGUUAUGGAUGUGGCUUCCGGGCUUGAUCGUCGUUAUAAUUGUGGCUCUAUUCAUCUUGUUCUUUCAGUUCGGCAUGCCGCUCCUCGAGGCAGUCAUAGCCUUGGUCCUGUCGCUGUCUCUGACCUUGAUUGCCAUCCAAGCCACAGGAGCUACUGAUACGACUCCAAUCAAUGCCAUUUCAAAAGUCUCACAAAUAGCGCUCGGCACCAUUACGCGAGCCUCGGGAGCAUCCGUCGAGGCAGCUCAGCGGCUGAACUUGGUAGGCGCCAGCAUUACCAACAUUGGCGCAUGCCAAGGCUGUGACCUCAUGGGUGACUUUCGUGUUGGCUUCUUGCUCGGCACUCCAGCGCACCUCCAGUACGCCACUCAGCUCCUGGGCACCCUCGUCGCAUCCCUCGUCGCGCCCGCCAUCUUCCUUCUCUUCGCCACAGCCUACCCAUGCAUCAUCACGGGCGACGCAAGCACCUGCGACUUUCCCGCGCCAACAGUGGCGGCUUGGCGAGCAGUCGCCGUCGUUGCCAGCACCCCAAAUCCCUCGAUUCCUCUCUCUAGCGUUUACGUGUCCAUCCUCUUGGCGGCCAUUUCCAGCGUUUUGGUCGUUGCAAAGCACGUCCUCUGCAGCUCGGGCUAUGCCUGGACCAAGCCCUAUUGGCCCAACAUGAUGAUCUUUGGGCUGGCUUUUACGCUUCCCAAUGCGCAGACGGCGACGACUAUGAUGAUUGGCGGCGUGGUGGCGGCAAUAUGGCGAAUCAAGAGCGUCAAGCGGUUCGAGAUGUAUGCGUUUGGAGUGGCUGCUGGGUUUGUCGCUGGCGAAGGUAUUGGCGGCACAAUCAACUGCGCUUUGUCCAUAUUAGGCCUUGCAUAG